UGGCCACAUUAUCCAUAACUAACAUAACUUCUGUAGUCUAAAUAAAUGAAUUAUAUAUUUGCUCCACUAAUACAAGUGACAACUAUAGCCCCUUGCAGAUAGAAUGUGUCAUGACAGCUGUAGUCAAUUUAUUAAUGACAACUAGUUGUGACCUUCAUCAUUUAAAAUAUCAUAAAGAGGAAGAGUAGCAAUUAAAUGCAGUUUAAGGAAAUUUACUUAUUUUGCCACCAAAACACUGAAUGGCUGAAUCAAACUGCAUGGGCAAAUGAAAACUUUAAUGAUACCUUUUCCUUCUUAUUAUUAUAUGUUGUAACAGAAUAUUGCAAAUAUGAAAAGAAAGAAUAGGUUUUAACUAAACUAAAUAUAACUAGAAGUGGUCAACAACUGUGUCAAAGGCCACAAAAGGGCGCGAACCGACGAACCUUUUGCACUUCCUAAUUGUCAUGCCUCACCGAAGAGAGACAUCAGUAAAUUGCAACUUCCUGCCACAUUAACACAUCAGCACAGAAUGUGUCCUCUCUGGUUUAAUGUCUCUAAAUGGGAAAAAGGUUCUUCACAUUGACAAGAAUCCUUAUAAUGGAGGAGAAAGUGCAUCUAUUUCUCCCCUUGAAGAGCUGUACAAGAAGUUUAAAGUUACUGGUCCUCCCAAAUCGAUGGGCCGUGGAAAAGAGUGGAAUGUUGAUCUGGUCCCCAAGUUUUUUCUUGCCACUGGCGAGUUGGUUAAAAUCUUGGUACACACUGAGGUUACUCGCUAUCUGGAUUUCAAAGUUGUUGAAGGCAGCUAUGUGUACAAAGCAGGCAAAGUGCACAAAGUCCCUGCAACAGAGGAAGAUGCCCAGUCUUCAGAUCUGAUGGGCAUGUUUGACAAGAGGAGGUUUAAGAAGCUGCUACACUUCGCUGUGAAUUUUGAUGUGAGGAACCCUCGCACCCACCAGGAUGUGGAUCCUCACAAGACAACCACACGGGAGAUGUUCAGUCGUUUUGACCUGGGACAAGACGUCAUGGAGUUCACAGGUCAUGCCAUAGCCUUACACAGCAGUGAGAGCUACUUGGACCACCCGUGUGUGGACACUAUCAACAGGAUCAGGCUGUACUCCGAGUCUUUGUCCCGCCACAACACCAGUCCUUACUUAUACCCCCUGUAUGGGCUUGGGGAGCUACCACAGGGAUUUGCCAGACUGAGUGCAGAGUACGGAGGAACCUUCCUGCUGAAAAGAGCUGUAGACGAGAUUGUGAUGGACAAUGGCAAAGUGAUGGCUGUCAAAUCCGAGGGAAAGGUGUUCCACUGUAAACAGUUGAUUUGUGAUCCCAGUUAUGUUCCCAACCGAGUCAGGAAAGUGGGACGUGUCAUAAGAGUGAUCUGUCUGUUAAAUCAUCCAGUUAAAAACACCCAUGAGGCCAACUCCUGUCAGAUCAUCAUCCCUCAAACAGAGCUCAGCAGGAAGUCAGACAUAUACAUAUCUGUCCUGUCAUACAGCCACGGUCUGGCCUCAGAUGGGAUGUACAUCGCCACAGUGAGCACAAAUGUAGAGACAAACAACCCGGAGAAAGAGGUGCAGCCAGGACUGGAGCUUCUUGAACCCAUCAUGCAGAAGUUUGUGUUUGUCAGCCAUGUCCUGGUUCCAAAUGAGGAUGGGAAAAAGAGUCAGAUAUUUGUGUCCCGCUCAUAUGACGCAACAAAUCACUUUGGGUCUGAGUGUGAGGACAUCAAAGACAUGUACCGCCGGAUCACAGGAGCAGAGCUCUGCUUCGGGACAUCGCGACACCAGUCCAGCAACUCCGAGGAUGACUGAGAAACACCUUUGACAUCUGGACCACAUGAUUAAACACACAUGACUACACACAGCUGUACAAGAGGGUGUUAUGUAGCAUGUAGAAUGAAAUGUGUGCUAAUUUCCUUGUUUCACUAAAAUUUCUCCUUUUUGUGAAAGUCUGCAAAAUACAAAGUUGCUGAGUAAUUGUUUGGAAAACCCCCUGAUGUUGUGUAUUCUGUAUUUCUUUCUUGUACACCUGCAAUGUUUUGUUAUGAGGCAGUUUACCAGUAAAUCAGCAAGGUCAUUUUGCUGCAUAGCUCUUAGGUUUUAAUGUUUAUACUUUAGUUUAAAAAAAAAUCUUUUGUGGAAAAUCAGUGCUCUCAGAUUUAAAUGAAAAACAAAUAAUGCA